AUGGCUGGGGAACAGAUAACCUUUGAUCAGAAAUAUGUCUUCAAUUUACUUUCUAACAAAAACUUCCCUUUUCUCCAAAAUCCUGAAAUUUCGAGACGCUUCCUGAAAUGGUCAAUGUUGGGGAGAAUAUCAGCCCAGGCCUUUAACUUCGACCAAAUGUUUUAUCCAUACAAAAAGGAUGAGUUUGUUUUGGAUUUUUUUCAAGACCCUUGUGUGAUGGAGAACUUAAAGGUCUUACAGUCUGGAUAUUGGACAUCCCUAGGUAGUAAAGUGACUCGUGUGGAUGUUGAGGUUAUCCCAUGCUCAAAGGUUUCGAUGGAUAUUUUUGACCCUCUGAAUUCUGGUGGAGUAUUGCGACCAUCUGGACACAUAGUGAAGUGUUACCAUGAAAUUUAUGGAGACUUUGAUGAGUUGAGAAAUGUCUUGACUGUAGAGGACUCCGAUAAAUAUGAUCUAAUAAGACCUGCUGAUCGAGAAGAGUUUAUCUUCAAGCUUUUCAAACAUAUAUGUCUUGGUGGUGAACUGUGUCAGUAUGAGGAUAGUAUCAAUCCGUACCUGGACACUGUGAAAGUAAUCUAUAAAGAUUUAGUUAGUGUGCAGAAAGACCGAGAUACAAAACAAAUCAACAUUGUCUCGACCAUUUUAAAAGUCUCCACUUAUGAUGCCUCUGGAUUGUGCUAUCCUGACAGUCUGAACUCGGAGCAAAGCUUUGCUUACCUCUGUGUUGAUCCUCUCAAGAGGCAUGUGUAUGUCUUGUAUCACUCCUUUGGCACUGGGCAGCUUUCAUAGGCUGGUAUACCACAUCGCUUCAAUCUGUAUUAGAUUGGGAGUUUAUCACAUAGUAUUGCUGACCAGCUUAAUCGCGUAAUGAUAUCCGUAUGAGCUUGUGUGACAUGUUAAUAAUACCUGCAAAGUAUGUGUGCCAAACAGAGGAGAACAGUUGUGAAAAUACAGGGAGCCACAUGAGUUCAAAUGUUGUAACGUUUGGCAUAACUUGUGAUAGCGAGCCAACAAAACAUUGUGGAACUGUCUCUGGAACUGUCUUUGUCAAGUACAACUUCUGAAUGUUUUAUGUUUGGUGGCAGCAUACAGACUUCAAGCAUUUGUUCUGUGAUGUCCAAGGUUCUUUCAGGUGUAGAUGCCAAACAUGACAUUACAUAAAAUAUAUGAUGACAUCUCUGCAACAUUUCUACACCACUGUUAUAAUAUCACCAGCUAGGUACAAAUAUGUAGGUAUUGUUUAACUAGUUCUAGUUUGUCUGCUUUUCCACACAAAUGUCCUCUUUGUAUCAGUCAAGCACAAUAAGGGACUGUAAUUGUCACAUUACUGGCAGAGCUGUGAAUAAUAAUAAAGAAUCUGAUUACA